UUGCGUGCAUACAAUUCGCACUCCAUUCCUCGAUCUAAGAGAUGACUUAAAGCCGGAAUGGGAAAAGAGAUUCCCAACUCCCCACCACCAUCCCCCCACUUCGCUCCCCUCUUAUCUCUCUUGCGAACUCAUACGAAGCCAUGAAACGAAAGAUAAUAUCUAAACAAAUGGCGUCUUCUAUUAAUUACACAUUCGCUACGGUGGUGGAAUUGCUGUCUGCUUCUGUGAGAGGCCACAGACGGGAGGCACCCGAGAGACUGUUAUCUCUUGCGCUGGAUCUUUCUGCUUGGAUCGAUGUAGCCUUUCUCCCUGAGCCUCAGCUCCAGGUUUCCCUGCUCUGGAUUCUUUCUCUUGGAGUCUCUUUGCAUCCCACAUUGAAGCUCUGGGGAUCCAGAUUCAAAUCCUGGUCUGUAAAAGCUGUGCUUGGAGCCCUCUUCUCGGACUCCUCUGCUUCCUAUCUUCACUUCCUACUUGUUUCCUUCCUGAAGACCUUGACUUUGGCUUCCCAGAAAUCUUCCGGCUCCAAAUCCUUGGUUUUCUCUCUGAAAAAGAUGGUUCCUUCUCGAGCCUCGGUGUUGAUGGUGGCCCUGCUGCCUCUCCUGCUGCAAUGCAGCGUGGCGGUGACGGAGGCGUCGUGCUCCGACGUCGUGCCGAUGAAGCAGCGAAGGGAGGUGAUUUCGAUCACGGACUUCGGAGCUGUGGGAGACGGGAAGACGCUCAACACUUGGCCUUUCAAGAAGGCCAUCUAUCGGAUUCAGCACCUUCGACGCAGAGGUGGUACUCUUCUCUACGUCCCCCCCGGCGUUUGGCUCACAGGGAGCGUCAGCCUAACCAGCCACAUGACUCUUUACCUGGCCCGAGGAGCCGUCAUCAAGGCCACCCAGGAUACACGGAGGUGGCCUUUGGUGGAUCCUUUACCGUCGUAUGGAAGAGGGCGGGAGCUGCCGGGCCGCAGAUACAUGAGCUUCAUUCAGGGAGACGGCAUCAGUGAUGUGAUCAUAACAGGUGAGAAUGGAACAAUCGAUGGUCAAGGCGAGGUGUGGUGGAACAUGUGGAGGCGGAGAUCUCUCCAUUUCACAAGACCGAAUCUUGUGGAGUUCAAGAAUUCUAGAGAUAUUAUCAUUUCUAAUGUGGUCUUUCAGAACUCUCCUUUUUGGAACAUUCACCCUGUUUACUGCAGCAACGUGGUGAUAAAGUACGUGACCGUGUUGGCUCCGCAUGACUCCCCUAACACGGAUGGAAUAGAUCCAGAUUCCAGCUCGAACGUCUGCAUCGAGGAUGCCCACAUCUCAACUGGGGAUGAUCUGGUGGCCGUAAAGAGCGGGUGGGACGAGUAUGGAAUCGCUUAUGGGCGUCCCAGCUCUGGCAUCACGAUCCGAAGGCUCACAGGCUCCUCGCCCUUCUCCGGCGUCGCCAUCGGAAGCGAAACAUCGGGCGGGGUGGAGAACGUCCUGGUGGAGAACGUCAACCUCUACGACACCGGCAUCGGCAUCCACAUCAAGACCAACGUGGGGAGGGGAGGGUUCGUAAGGAACAUCACGGUGGUCAACGUGAGCAUGAACAAGGUGCGGAAGGGGAUACGGAUCGCAGGCGACGUCGGCGACCACCCCGACGAGUACUUCGACCGACGCGCCAUCCCCACCGUGGACGGCAUCACCAUCAAGAACGUGUGGGGCGUGGACGUGCAGCAGCCUGGAUCGAUCCAAGGCAUUAAGAACUCACCCUUCACUCGGAUAUGCCUCUCCAACGUCAAGCUGUGGGGCGUCGCCAAACCCUCGGCGCCGUGGAAGUGCGUGGACGUCAGUGGAGCUGCUCUCGGAGUCCAGCCAUGGCCAUGCUCGGCCCUCGCUCGCACCAUCAGCUCAGGAUAUUGCUCCACCGCAUUCUAGUUUCGUUCUUUCUUUGCGCAUGGAUUGGUUUUCGUAAAGCAUCAAACUCGAGUUCAGAUCUACAAUGUAAGGGCCACAUUAAAUUAGUUGAUUUGAUGCACCUAAAUCUUAAUCGAUUUGAACUU